AUGAUACGUCUCCUUCACAAAUCUUGGCUCGUCUCCCUCUCUCUCGGGGUGUGUCCCAGGGCGCGAUUAGCAUCUCCAGCUCUGCACUUCACUCCUCAUCUGCCUCAGCCGCAUGAGCAGCCUGGCUUGGCCUCCAGAGCGCUCGGCCUCAUUAAAAACCCCGCCGCCACGCUAAUGCGCCCCACCGUCUCUGCUAAAGUAACACCGCUGCAGCGCUUUCAGCACGGCCGGGGUAAAUCGCGUUUGUCACCGGAAACGUCUACGAAGGAGGAGGCUCUGAGGCUCUGGGGAAGAGGGGGAGACUGUGGAGAACUCUUCAUACAGCUGUUUACAUCUGCAUGA